AUGACCACACCGGCAGUGCUCUUGCACUAUGGUCUGCCGCCUAGUAAAGAUAAGAAUACGGCAAAGGUCCGACUUCUUCAAGCCAUUAACGCCAACACCCUCUCUGUACCUGAUCAUAUCGCCAAGCUUGAGAAGGACAUGAAGAAGGAGUUCACCACUGCCACAAGAAAAGCAAAGGCUGCCGAGAAGGCUCCUGCUGCUCCGUCCAAGGGUAAGAAACGAACACAUGAAGAAGCCACAACAAAUACAAAGACCACCUUGACUAUCGAUGGAGUCUCUAUCACUGUUGAUCGGCAAACCGCUGCGUCUAUCACGUCCGCCGUCGUUGGAGCUUCCCCUGCUGCCAAAAAGGCCAGAGUCACCAAGGACAGCGCUGCUCCCGCGAAGCCAAGGCAGAUCAAGGAUCCCGCUCCCGCAGCUAAACCGAAGAAAUCUGCUCAAAACACUGAUACCGCCAAAUCUAAACCAUCGGCCACCACUAAAGGACCAGUAAAGAAAACUGCCGCAACAAAAGCACAAGCUAAAACUGCCGAAGCGAAACCACAGGACAAGGUUGUGCCAGCCAAGUCGAAAGCAACACCCAAACUCAAGGACUCUUCCACUGCAACCAAACCAAAAGCAGAGCCUAAAGCAAAGAUACCAGCAGAAGAGAAACCCCCACACACCAAGUCUAAAUCAGUGAGAGACAUCAAAGUCACAUACCUUCUGCAUCUGCGCUCGUACUCUCCCGACGAUGUUCCCGAAUUCAAUGGACCACCUCGUAUCUCUAUCCACCACGACAAUUACACUAACAAGCUCUGGGGACACUUCACUAUCGGGUCCAAGACUGGCGUGAUCCGUGCCGACAACUUCUUCACUGAUGGCUUUAGCGAUUCCAAAUCCAAUUGGCGCGCUCGCGACAUGGGCAGUGGACAGCUGCGCUUUGGACGUGGCUGUGAAGGUGUAAUGGAGUUUGGUAUUUAUGGUGUCGACAAGGGCACCUUCUAUCGCUUGUUCGACGGCCUUGAUGUGGAUUUUGGUGUCAGCAGUUUUAGAAAGCCGGCAGAGGACGAAUCUAGUCAGCCACGCUUCCGCACAAAGCAGACAGCCCGUAAGAAGUAG